AUGAAUCUAAAAGCUGUUUUUAAAUGGUUUUAUGAAAAAAUAACUAAUUACAAUCUUUUUAUGUUGGACGAAUAUGGUUAUAACGAUAGCGAUACAAUUAAAGAUCCUAUCUUAGUUCUUACACAAGAAAAAUACAAAACUAGAUUGUGUGUUAUCCUUCUCGCAGUAUGUCUUUAUGUGCUGUUCUACGGAAAUUUAACAAAACUGGACCCUAAAACAGUUGUUAUUUCCAAUAUAACCCCGGAUAGCUUUGGACAAUUAUAUUUAAAAUAUAAUCACACACUUUCAUGUCCAUGUUCAACAACUACCAUACCGUAUUGGAAUUUUGUUCUCCAGAGUGUUACAAUGCAUCCUGUUUGUUCGAGUGUUUUUGUUAGCAAAGAAUGGAUCGAAGGAUUAUAUUUGACGAAAGCAAGUUUUUAUAAUUCAUGGGAUUUUCGAAAAUUGGCUUAUUCACAGUUUGAACUUCUCUCUCGCUUAUGUUCACUUUCUGACGAGAUUGUUUUUCAACUUCAAACUGAUGUUAACAAUACUCAACUUGUUACGAUUAAUCUUCUUUCCAUAGAACAAAUUCAAAUGGAAAUAAAUAACACGAUUGAAUUUCAGAGAAGGAAUGCUUUUGGUCAAAUCGUAUCAUUUUUGAACUUUUGGCAAACAACAAUUCAAAGAAACUAUUUAGCUUCAGCUCUCGGCACAAAUUGGUUUGUGUUUACUGAGUAUGGUUCAGAUUAUCCUACUAUAUGGGGAUUUCCAGCACCAUACCCUUCGGAAAAUGAAUCCUAUAUCAAAUGUGACUACAAUUAUCCAGUGAUACCAGCUUUUCUUCCUCCACGAUCAGAUGAUUCUAAAGAUUUUGAAAUCAAUUUUAAUCCGAUACCGAAUUCUACAAUUGUGAAAGGUUUUUCGAUAACAUGUACACCUCUUGAUGCACUCCUUGGAAGUACAUUGGAUUGUUUAUAUGAUACCGAAUGUAUUCAACUAUUAGUUAACUAUUUUCCAAAUCUCACUCAGACGAACAUUAAUUGGACUAAUUCAACUUUAACUUUUCAACAUGACAAUCAUUCUGUAUUACAUUAUUUCGAAAAUCUCUUUAUAAAAACCUGGUUACCAAGUAUGAAUUAUGCUUCAUACUUCAAUCAAUGCUCUCCAUCAAUGUGCACAUAUACAACAACAGACAACAGAAGUUUAUCUUAUACAAUCACACUUUUCAUUAGUUUGUAUGGUGGUCUUAUCAUCAUACUUCGUUCAGUUGCAUUCUAUUCAAUUGAUAUUUUAUUCAAAUGUACACAUCGUCAAAAUAAUUCAAAUGAAAAUCCGAGACAUCGAAAUAGAAAUACGUUUAUAGCAUUUACAUCAAUCAAAGAAAUGAAUUUCUUCAAGAAUAUUAAUGAUCGAACAGCAAAGGGCAUUACACAACAAAAAAUCAUUACCCGUGUCUAUUUAAUUUUAUUAUUAAUAUCAAUGUGUACGAUUUGUCUUUAUACAUCAUUGAACAAUGAAAAUGUAACGACAAUUCAAUCAAAACCUUCGUUAACAACUUAUCAUUCAUUAGAUAGUCAAUACUCACCAAUUCUUCAAUGUCCAUGUGCAAAUAAAGCAAUGCCAUAUCGAACAUUUCUCUCAUUGUCUCCAAUUUUUCAUCAAAUAUGUUUAAGUAGUUUCGUUACCAAUGAAUGGAUCAUUCAAAUGAUGUCUAGUGCAGAAGACAGCAUUCCUUAUGAUUGGCGUCAUGGAGCAUUUAAAUACUUUCAAAUCUUAUCUGAUCUUUGUCAGGUAGCAAAUAGAACGAGUAAUGUAGCAAUUGACAAAUUUCUUGCACAAUUCUUCAUUGCUUCUUCUGUGAUGAAUCAAAAUGAUUUCGAGAAACAAUUAGAUGCAUAUGUCAAACAAGUCUAUCAAUCGACAAUCUAUACAUUUGAUUUAAUGAAAGUAAGGGAUAAUUACUGGNUCGAAAUCACCUUAAUGAAAUUCGAUGCGCAUGAAUUGAGUGGUGCAGCAGCAUUCCUUGGUCCAUUCUGUUUUAGUUUAUUUAUUCUGAUCGUUGUAUUUGUCUGUAUGAGUAUGUUUUUGACAAUUAUCAAUAACAAUUUUCGAGUGGUGCGAGAUAUGGGUAAAGAACAGGCAAGACAUGACCAAUAUAUCGUUUCAUUCAUGUUUGACAAGUUUCAACGAUGGAUUGGUGUGGGUAGCUCGACUGAAUUGUAUCAAAUAGAAGCGCGAGAUGAAGAAAUGAGAUCGAAAUACCAUGAUCCAAUCGAUCGUUUUCCUGACAAGAUGGAUGAAUUAUUGGAUGCAUUGAAUCGAGUAUUUAUGAAUCAACAACCUGAUGGGUAA